AUGCCUCCCCCAACCGGUGGAUUGCCUUCGAUCCCUCGGGGCGCACCUUUGCCUCCGCGCGGUGGAUCCGAGGCGAGCUUUGGACCCGGUCGGGAGCCCAGCUUUAGUUCGAGUCGGCCCGUGCAGAAUUUACGGAGCAAGUUUAGCUCCACCCGGUUGCGCUCGGCGUAUGAUAGCCAGAACGCGAGUACGGAGAGUAUGCCCAAGGUCCACGAGGGCGGACAUCCAGGGGAAGAUCAUGACGGCCAUGUGUCGCGCGAGUCGGCAACUACCCCUACCCCGCGCAACGGGUCCGCGCCUCCUCACUUGCGGAUGCGGAGCGCGAGCCAGCCGAGCGCAUAUGUAGCUGCACCACCCCAACAACCUCCUCCACCCGUACCGCGAUGGAAUGGCAAUGGCUCGGCGAGCUCGCUGGGCACUUCGCCAGAGGAAAAACGGGGAAGUGGGUCGAGCGAGAGUACGAAUUUGAGCUCCGAGUACUCGCCCACCAACACCCAGAGUCCGAUUACGCCGUUUGGAGACGGUGCGGGUAUAGCGCGGCGAUUACUUGGGUCGGGCGAGUCGGUACGCGUCAAGGUGCAUUACAAGACGGAUUUGUUCCAGAUUAUCGUCCCCCGGGAUACGGUUUUCAAUGAUUUGGUAACCAAGGUGGCCCACAAGGUACGGUUGUGCGGCGAAGCCGGGGAGCGAGAUGCACCGUUGCGAGUUAAAUACCGGGACGAGGACGGGGACAUGAUUUCGCUCGGAUCCGACGACGACGUGCAAAUGGCAUUUGACGGAACGAGGACGGCCAGCGGAGGUGUUGAGCUUUGGGUCUCAUAG